UAAUGCCAGCCAUGGGGUAUUACCCUGGGCAGGGGCAGCUCCGAGGGGGCUCCACCACUGCCAGCAGCACCGCGCACCAAAUUGAGGAUCGACCCAUUCUGUGGAUUUGUUCUCAGGGUAUGUCUUGGAUCUACAACCAGGUUCGUUAUCAGUAUCUUUCAUGUUACUCCUGUUGCAACUGCUUACAGGAGUUUUUUAAUGUCAAGGUCUCUUUCAUUUAGGAAAGAGGUACAGGGUGUUUAACCCAUUAUGACAGUGGCUCCAGUUUGGAGAAAUUACUGUACUAUUUUUAAGUUGCACUGACACUACUGGAACACCUCCCCAAUACUCACAAUUCCAUGGUUUUUCAUCCAACAAACGCUGCUGAUGUAACUUAAUCAGCUGUGCCAGCAUCUUGCUUUCCCUCGGAUUGUGACUCACAAAGAACGACCCAACUCAUCCUUCCUAGGCAGAGGGGGAUGUUAAAAACUCCUCUGCAGAGUCCUUGCCUGUUGCUGAGGGGGCACCAGGAUUCUUUCCCGGCACCCUCCUGAGCUUAAAGAGUUUCUAAAAUAGCUCUCCAGAGAGGUACAAAACCAGCUUCGAUCUUAUCACUUUUCAUCACCCAUUCAUCCCACAGUUCCACUGGGAAAGCCAUGCUGGCCUUUAACCCUUUAACAUGUGAUUCUGACUAGCGUAAUAUCAUUUUAAGAGAAUGAGAAGCAGCUGUUUUUCUGGGCUUCUCUAAAAGUUUAUGUAUAAGUUCAAAGACAUGUUUUUCUUCUGAAGACAUAUUCCUGCCCAUGUCCCUCACAGCUCACCAUCAAAACCUGAGGGGAAGGAUGCUGGCUGGCUCCUGCUUCCUUUCUGCAGCAAUUCAGUUCUGUGGGGCAUUCCCAGAACGGCCAGAUAGGCAAAUUGUCGUUCCUCACACGGGACACCAUUCCUGGGGAUGGAGAGGCACAGACCAUGCUAUGCAAGCAAAGCUGUUUGUUGCAUCAGUUUACCAGUAUUUAUAGGUCCCUAAAUUCUGUCCAAAAUUUUCCACUCAGACUUCUUUGCCCCUGUUCCCUUAGUAACACAAUCUUCUCAGUUAUCAUUCUUUCACCAGCAAUGUUCUUGUUAUAUUCUUUUGCCAGAGCUGUCAGAGUGACCAGAUAGAAUGUCUUAACCUUUGUGCUUACCUUGAGUUUAUCUCUCCCAAGGCCAAGAGGAUGGUGUCACUAGCCAGUUCUGCUUCUACAGCUGUCUGAUUUUCCACAUUUUGGAAUACUUUUGAUAAAGUAUCUUUGUUUAUGUGAUUAGAAAGAGUGCAAGUCUGGAUUUGGGUGCACUGCUCGUGGACCACUCAGUUUAUGAUGACAUAAUCAUUGUGAAAAAGUAUUUUAUCUUCAGCUGUUGAGUUAUUCAGGAGAAAAACCAAACCAAAUAAUGAUAUUGAGCUAUCUAUCUAAAUAAUAACUGAUAGCAUUGAUCCAUGUGAAUUUUGACACCUGCUAGAGGAACUUUGCCAUCUUGCAGGCACAUAAAUAGCCGGUGAAGAGACCACAGCCUUACACUGAAGGCACCAUGCGAAUCCUUCUCCUCCUCCUGGCAGCUGCAGGGCUUUGUUGGGGGCAGUACAACCCCAACACUGUCCCAAAGAGAACUUCCAUUGUGCAUCUCUUUGAAUGGCGCUGGCAGGAUAUUGCUGAGGAGUGUGAACGCUACUUAGCUCCUAAUGGAUUUGGCGGAGUUCAGGUUUCACCUCCCAAUGAAAACAUUGUCAUUACUAACCCGAACAGACCCUGGUGGGAAAGAUACCAGCCCAUUAGCUACAAGAUCUGCUCUCGAUCAGGAAAUGAGGAGCAAUUCAAAGACAUGGUGAAGAGAUGCAACAAUGUUGGAGUUCGUAUCUAUGUGGAUGCUGUCGUCAACCAUAUGUGUGGGGCUGCAGGUGGCUCAGGCACACAUUCUACCUGUGGAAGCUAUUUUAAUGCUGGAAACAGAGAUUUUCCAGCUGUCCCAUACUCUGGCUGGGAUUUCAAUGAUGGCAAAUGUCACACUGGAAGUGGAGAAGUUGAAAAUUAUAAUGAUAUCUAUCAGGUCCGGGACUGCCGUGUGACCGGCCUUCUGGAUCUGGCCCUGGAGAAGGACUAUGUGCGCUCAGAGAUUGCACAGUACAUGAACCAUCUCAUUGACAUUGGUGUAGCAGGAUUCCGAAUUGAUGCUGCCAAGCACAUGUGGCCUGGGGACAUAAAAGCAUUUCUGGACAAGCUGCAUGAUCUGAACACUCAAUGGUUUUCUGCAGGAACUAGACCUUUAAUUUACCAGGAGGUAAUUGAUUUGGGUACGGAGCCCAUCAAAGGCAGCGAGUACUUUGGAAAUGGCCGAGUGACAGAAUUCAAAUAUGGUGCCAAACUGGGAACAGUGCUCCGCAAGUGGAAUGGAGAAAAGAUGGCCUACUUAAAGAACUGGGGAGAAGGCUGGGGCUUUGUGCCUUCCGACAGAGCCCUGGUCUUUGUGGAUAAUCACGACAAUCAGAGAGGACACGGGGCUGGUGGAGCUUCUAUUCUAACCUUCUGGGAUGCCAGGCUCUAUAAAAUGGCAGUUGGCUUCAUGCUUGCCCAUCCAUAUGGGCUCACACGUGUGAUGUCAAGUUUUCGCUGGCCAAGAUAUUUUCAAAAUGGAAAGGAUGUCAAUGACUGGUACGGACCCCCAAGUAACGCAGAUGGCUCCACAAAGGCCGUCACCAUCAACGCGGACACGACCUGUGGCAACGACUGGGUUUGUGAACAUCGCUGGCGUCAAAUCAGGAACAUGGUUAUCUUCCGUAACGUGGUGGAUGGUGAGCCUUUCUCCAACUGGUGGGACAAUGGCAGCAAUCAAGUGGCUUUUGGCCGUGGUAACAAAGGCUUCAUCAUCUUCAAUAAUGAUGACUGGAAUAUGAAUGUCAAUGUGCAAACUGGACUGCCUGCUGGUACCUACUGUGAUGUUAUUUCUGGACAAAAGGAGGACAACAGAUGUACUGGAAAGCAGGUGAAUACAUUCUGUUUCUACAUGACCACUUGAAAUAUUUACUUGGAGGGAGGUGACCAGAUUUGGAAAAAAGAGAAGAGAACAGACGAUUUCCCUCUCUUUUCAUGUGGAAGAGUCUCAUAAAAAAAGCAGAAGAGUUCA